AUGAGAAGAAAUAGCCAAGAGUCGGUUGAUCACCCGGAGAAUUUCUCUUAUAUUGUGCCAUCUCAGCGGCAUUGGAGUCUACACGAUCUCCCAGACAUUCUAUAUCAGUUUCAGCCGACACAGAGGUUCACAAGGAAGCACCCAGAGGUGCCAGAAAAGCCUUCUCCUUAUCCGGGUGGGCCUAACCUAAGGUGUCUUGACAUCUUGCCUGACCGCAUUUCCACGAAUGUAGCAGAGUGGAGGGUAGAGGCCUGGAUGCGAAUUGACAGACGAGUUCGCCUGCAGGACAUUGUCGAUAGGAUGCUGCCAGUAUUGGGCGUUACCUGUAAUUCACUUCAACAACGUGGAGUUCGUUUUCGCCAGCUAUUUCAUAUGAUAACCUGGGGAACCGGAAACCAGAGAACUAAAGAACAAAGAGUCAAACUGAUAGCUCUACUACAGAGAAAACGUAUCAGCUUAGAGAAAAACACCACCAGGGGAUUAAGCCCCGGGCUUAUUGACCCUAGCAAUCCCAGAUCUGAAAGAAUCCCUCUCCCGAAGGAUUAUAAACCAAGCCAGGAAAGACUGGUAGAGGCGCCGGUCCAACUGGACGCUUCAGAUAAUGAUCAGUCAUUGGAAGCUGAAGGUUGCAGUGCCAGUUCAGAGGAUCAGGGUGACCAUGGUAUACAGGGAAAUGGGAGUGUUGACCUUCCUCCCGGUGCGAACCAAGACACCAGCCACUCUGCGUCUAGUCACGAUACUCAUGCCGACGAUGAAAAUGAAGAGAGCGAUAUUGGAGAGACGGGAGAGGGCAAUGGGGACGAAAACAACGACGAUAAUUGGGAUGAUAAAAGUAAUAAUGACGAGGAUACUGCCAGUGAAAAUAAUAAAAGCGAUGAUGAAUAUCAAAGCGACGAUUCAAAUGCUUCUGGGGAAAUACCCAACAAGGGGAAGCAGAAGGAAUCAUCAACAGGAGAACGGCCGGCCCGGAAUAGUAGAAAGAGACAGAAUUAUGACAGCUGCAAUACAGCAUUAGAAAACGAUGAAGAAGCUGGUCCUUCCAUCGGUAGAAGACAGAAUAAAAGAAGGAAGACCCUCACUCUUCUCGAAGAAGAGCAACAAGCAAGACAUCGUCUUGUAAAUUGUCCUAUUUGCAACGUUGGCUUGAAGCUGAGGGACAUUGAAAGUCAUAUGGAGUCAUGCACAUCCCCACCAACGCCAGAAAACCAAGAUAACGCUCCAGAGCCGCAGCAAUCUAGUUUCCCAAGGAAGCGACCAGCAGGCAAAACUACAGCCGGUAAAACAACGGCCCGCAAAAAAACAGCACGCAAGACUGUCGAUACCGCAACUCGUCAGGGGCAGAGAAAAAAGCAAAAGCAGAGACGGGUCCAAAAGACCGCGGUGCGCAAAGCCACGGCCCGUAAGAGUGUUCCACAAAGUGUGCAAGCAUCUGAAGAGCGGGCAGAAACCUCAAAUAUCGAAGUAGGAGGUGAGGGUCAAGUAGAGGUCGAGAGUAAAGGUGAGGAACAGGUGGAGAAUGAGAGUGAAUACAAUAGCUGGAGUGACAAAAAUAAGGAGGAAACAAGCGAAGAACGAAACACCGACGCAGAGGGGGAGGAGCUCGAGAAAAAAGACCACUCACAAACAUAUGCACCGAAUGAAUCUGAGCAUGAAGAUAUUAACGAUGAUAACCCCGAUUCGAAACCAGACCUAGUAGGACUAUCUCCGGAAGAGCUAGAAGAAUAUCUCGCUGCAAUUGAACAACGUCCAGUCUUUACGUAUCCUGAACCCGAGACACCAUGGGACGUUCAAGCAAAUACUUAUGGGUAUGACGUAAUGUUGCCUCAGUUUUUCGAAGAAGGUGCGAACUAUGAAGAUAAUUAUCUCGAUCAAAUAAACGUGUCCACAGCUGUUAACAGUGAAGGUGGCGACCCAAUCAAUCCGUCUGACUGGUUUAAUUUCGAUAGCAACUCGGCGUCUACCGGAGCUGAAAAAGAUAGCCUGCUCCGGAGCGUUUGUGGGCACAACGAGUAUGAAUAUUUUAAGACUAUGUUUGAGGAUUGA